GUGUUGUGGGAGAGGGGGCUGUGUGGCGUGUGGAACCGACUUGAUUUUCGGUGGAGGGUAGACAAUCACCCAAAGAACUGACCACAGGAAUAUUUGCCAGCGGUGAAAAUAUCGCAAACAUUGGAAGUGGUCCUGCCUUUCCACCGUGACCGGCAUCAGGCAUUUUCAGCCAAUAUCCCAUCCGCGCGCCGGGUUGGUCCCUGCACCGCACGAAGAAAGGCUCCUGAAGUGUCUGCGAGCGUAGCCGGUAGUUUCUCUUCCAAGCCUUUUUAAGUGGCUUCCGGAUAAGUUACGUGAAGCGCCGCUUCCCACGACUUUGAGCGUGGGCAGAACCGACAGGUGGACGAUGGACCGCAACGAGUGUCUGAUGAGUGCCAUGGUGGUCUUCCCGCUGUUCUUCUCACACGUGGUGUUACGGGCACGAGGGGACGACCGCCCGGAACACUCCGGGUCGCCGUCAUAUAACGGAUCCAAGGGAUCCCACUACGUGGGGGACCACUGCCUCAGCACGUGUAGCGCUAUCCUGCAGCACGCCUUCUGCAACACGACCUCUCACAGGUGUGAGUGCAGCAGAGAGUAUCCGGUCGUCAUUGACAACCUCAUCUGUGAGGAAGCGCGACACCUGGGCGACCUGUGCCGCUACGACAAGGUGUGCACGUUCUCCGACCUGAACUCGGAGUGUCGCGCCGGUCCCGACCACCUGUCGCCCGUCUGCCGCUGUCGCGUGCACUACGAGCCGACGCCCUUCCAGAGCGGCUCGACGCGCAUGUACUGCGUCAAAGACCCGCUGUCGGAGCUGCUGGAGCCGGACACGCCGACCGUGGUCGGCCUGCUGGCGGGCCUGGCGCUGAUGAGCUGCCUCAUCUGCCUGGUGCUGAGGCUCUUCUACCGGGCGCGGCACGCGCGCGCUCGCGGCUACGGCGACGCCAGUCUCCCUCCACCGCUCUCACUAACGGUGGCCUGA